AUGACAGUGGAGGCGUUGGGUAUGAAGAAGAAAAAACGUUCAUUUCCAAAACGUCAAAACUAUGCUACAGUGUUAAAUUCAUCAAAUAUUGGAGAAUUUGCUGCAUCUAAUGAUGAUCAUUCGAUGGAUAGCACAAAUGAACUUUCUGCAUGUAAGACUUCAACUAUUCAUGAUUCAAAUAUCUAUGAAGCUUUGGUGCGCAAAAAAAAUGCAAGAGAUGAUACUGAUUUCAGUUUGGAUAAAGAAAAGGUGAUGUCUAAUUUAGCUGGUAAAACAGAGGAUGGUAACAGAAGUUUUGUGAAGAGCGAUAGAAAUGUAUUGGCCUUCAAUUUUUCCUCUGCAAUUGUCGGUAAAUACGAUGCGAAAAUGGAUAAAAUGAAUAAAACUGAAAAAAAAGAAAAAUUAACAAGGAAGGAGAUUCGAAAAGGAACUAAGCAAAAACGUAAAUCAGUUGAUAAGGGAGGACAUGGUUCGGUUAAAAUGCGAAGGCAGGCACAUUCAAACGGUGGUAUUUUCAGCUCGUUAUUUAAAAAGUGUGACGGUUUGGAAGAAAUUCCGGAUUUACUAGAACAAAACAUAUGUGACGAAGCUCCUAAAAAUUUUGAAAAAAAAAGAAAAUGGAAGAUGCAAAAGGAGACUGUCGAUUAUGUGAGUGAAGGAGAGGAGAUAGAUGAAACUGGUGAAGAUAAAAACAUCAAGAGUAGGAAAAGAGAUGAUAAGGAAUUUGAAACGCAUGACAGUAUGAGAGUUUGUUCUUCGUUUUUGGAUACUGAAAAAGAGGAAAUUACAAAUGAUACGGUUCACGGAAAAUUUGUAAAAUAUUACGGAACAAAAGAGGAUAAAGAUGUUCAUGGCAUCGAUUUUGAACAGAAGCCAUUCUCAGCUCAUUGUGAUUCAGUACAAAAUGGAUUGAAUGCUUUGCAAUGGCUUAUUGAUUCCUAUGAUAUAAAACUGUUUUUCAAAAUGGUAUUCCAGAAAAAAGUAUUUUGUGUUUGUCGUAAUAACGCGAAUUACUAUGGCAAUUUAUUUAGCACAGCAAAAUUUAUCGACAUUCUACGAACGGAUUAUGUCGAAUAUGGUACCAAUGUAAAUGUUGCUGUAUACAAGAAUCAACAAAGGUCGACUUUAAACGGUUCUGGGAAGGUCUAUCCUCAAGAAAUACAAAAAAGCAUUAAGGCUGGUUGUUCAAUACAGUUUACAAAUCCCCAAAGCUUUUGUGACAGUGUUUGGUAUUACUGCGAUUUAUUACAAGAAGUAUUUCAUUGUUUUGUAGGGGCGAAUGCUUAUAUAACCCCCAGAAAUACGGCCGGUUUUGCUCCUCAUUGGGAUGAUAUCGAUGCUUUCCUGCUUCAACUGGAAGGACGAAAACAUUGGAUGGUUUAUGCACCGAUUGAUGAUAAUGAAAUACUUCCUCGAUUACCCAGUGGUAAUUUUACGGAUGAUGAUGUUGCUCGUCGCACUCCUGUUUUUAAUGAUUGGUUAGAACAAGGCGAUAUGCUGUAUAUUCCCCGAGGUUUUAUUCACCAGGGUUCCGCGGACAAAGGUGUUCAUUCGUUACAUCUCACUGUCAGUGUUUGUCGCAAUGUCGCUUAUGUUGAUCUUUUGGAGCAUAUCAUUCCAGCUGCAUUAUCUAAUUUUGCUGAGCAGCACGCAAAGAUUCGUAAAUCUUUACCAGUUGGUUAUUUAGAUAUGACGGGUGUACUGGAAUGCGACUAUCCAUUGUUCAAAGUUGGUACUCUAAAGUUAAAUCGCUUUCUUGAUGGUAUGUUUUCAAAGUUCUGCAAAUAUAUUAAAGAGUUAAAUGAACCGGCUAUUGAUAUGAUGGCCAGAGAAUUUAUGAAGACAGCACUGCCACCUGUGCUCACCAAAGAGGAGAAAGAUAUGACAGCGUUAUGCGUUGCUGGUUCAUCGCUGUAUAGUGAUAAUGAACACAUUUUUACGAAGGAUACACCAAUCAAGCUUUUAAGAAGACAUGGUCAAAGACUUAUUUAUGAGUCGGAAGAACAUUGCUUUAUUGUACACCGCAUGGCGAAUUCGAGAGUUUAUGAAGGAAGGCCAGAAGUUUUGUUUGAUCUGGAUGUGAAACUUUCCGAAGGAUUUGCAAAUUUACUGGAUACAUAUCCUCACUGGUGUUUAGUAUCGGAUUUGAAAUGUAAUACCGUUGCCGACAGCAUUAGAUUGGCAGAACUUCUAUACAGUAAUGGACUACUUAUGGCUAAAUUUCCAAAAAUUAUAGAAUGA